ACAGCGAUGUUGAGAAGAACAUUAGCCACAAACGCCCCGAACCACCAGUUUAAUGUAUUUGACCGAGUGGCCAAACUUGCACAACGGAGCCGGUUUCCCAAAAUCAACCCCCAGGAAUCCAAAAAAGUUGAGUACCUUCGAGAUGAGGUGGCCACCAAGACCAUCGAGAGACUAGCAUUUAUCACCAGAGACUUGACAAAUACCCUUGACUUCGGGUCCAAUGGCGGCAACUUGUUGAAGAAUCUCUGUAUCCCCACUGUCAUCCCGCCCGAUGCCUCCACAGAGAUGAGCCAGCAUUUGACCCAACUCAAUAAAGACAAACUCACCAUACGCAACCGGAUUUCCAAUUACACAAUGUUCGAUUCCUCCCAGGAAAUUCUCCACCGGGACGUCCAUGAGUCGUAUUGGGAUGCAUUUGCUGGCACCACCGAUCGGGUGGUGGGAGAUGAAGAGAAAUUCAACCAUCCGGUGUUGAAGUCCGACUACUUUGACUCGGUGAUCUCAAACCUUUCUUUGCAUUGGAUCAAUGACUUACCAGGAACCUUGGCCAACAUCAACCGGGUGUUGAAGCCAGACGGGUUGUUUUUGGGAACGCUUUUUGGGGGUGACACUCUCUAUGAGUUGAGGACGGCGUUGCAAUUGGCAGAAUUGGAGAGAAAAGGAGGUCUUUCUCCCCGUGUAAGUCCUCUAGUGGAACUCAACGACGUGGGGACGUUAUUGAACCGAGCCGGGUUCAACAUGCUCACGAUUGACACCGAGGAAAUUGUGGUGGGUGGGUUUCCUGAUAUUGUGUCGGUAUGUAAUGAUUUGCAACUCAUGGGAGAACAAAACGCUGUGUUGAGUCGGUCGGGAUAUUUGGAUAGAGAUCUUUUACUUGCGGCCAACGAGAUUUACAAGGCGUUACAUGGAGAGAAAGGCCCCGAUGGAACUGUGACUUUGCCAGUUACUUUCAGUGUGAUUUUCAUGAUUGGGUGGAAGAAGAGUGAAAACCAGCCCCAACCGUUGCCCAGAGGCAGUGGCCAGGUGAACUUGAAGGACAUAUUAUAGAAUUUCUUCCGGCCUUCACCGACUUGUAAUGAAUAUCAUAGAUUUCAUAGUCUGCAUCUUGUAUAUAUAAAUAUAACUUCAGUCAAUUUUCCGGCUUCAUCUACCGCGAAGUGGGCCUAGUUCGGGACGACCUUCGACCUCCCACCUGAGUAUAUUGAAAACUGUCAAUUUUUGGCUGCUUCUGCUAGUAAUUCAACCCACUGGUAUGAUCCAGUUUCUUCUACCUAUCUAAUUUGCACCUGUCUCGAUCACAUAUUAUUGAUAUCUUAUCAAACAGCCCCGUAUUCUU